ACGCCCGGAUCGAUACGUCUCUGCUCCAUCCAUGCCUCGACCAGCCCUGAGGGCGGUGUACAGCUCGCCUCCGGCCCCGCCAGACCAACCCUGAAAAGAGGCUGCUUCGAGCUGCACCAGUCUACUCGCCUCGCCAUCGGUCAAGGGCAGACAUUUGGCUUUCCGGCGCUCAUCUUCACUCGUUGA